CGCGGCUCAGGUGAGAUCUGCCAAGGUGGCCGAGCCCAGGCCUGACGCCUGAGCCCUGGGCGCCGCCUAGGUGCAGCCGGCCCGGGAAGCCGCGCUCGACCCCGGUGCGGCCUCCACUUCCGCGGACAAGGGAUGUACGUCCUUGUGCGUGGUCUGUACGUCGCCCCGAUUGUCAGUGUGCACACCGGUCUGUCGCCCGUCUUUGCCGGGGGACCCCGUCGGGCCGCGGGGGGCCGGUGAGUCGGGACCUGGAGGAGCCCAGUUCUUGGAACCCCGACAGGCGGGCGUCGACUGCUGAGGGUGUCCACACCCAGGCCCGGGGGCCCCGCAGCUGAAUUCUAGCGCAGAGCCGGGUGAAGAUGAGUUCUUCAGGAAGAAGAAAAGGCAAGCCAGGCAAAGGAAGUGGCAAAGGGUCUUCUAGAGGAGGAAGAGGAGGCAGGAGCCACACUAGCAAAAGCCAUGGUGGUGGUGGUGGCAGUGCCGGUGGCUACGGCGGUGGAGGCAGUGGUGGCAACAGAAAGGCCUCAAGUAGAAUUUGGGAUGAUGGUGAUGACUUUUGUAUCUUCAGUGAAACAAGACGCUCCUCCAGACCUAGCAAUAGUGCAAGAAAAGGAGAGGCACGCUCCAAGUGGAAGUCUGAAGCCAAACUGCCCCUUCAGACUCUGCAUAUGACUUCUGAGAACCAAGAGAAAGUGAAAGCUCUUCUUCGGGAUUUGCAAGAACAAGAUGCAGAUGCUGGAUCUGAAAGAGGCAUUUCUGGGGAGGAAGAAGAUGAUGAGCCUGAUUGUGAUGAAGACCAGUACUGGUCAGCUGGACGAGAAGCUUCCCUUGUACCUGACUGUGAUCCUUUAGAAUAUGCUGGCUCGAAUCUCAUUGAGCCUCAUAAUACAGAAUUUACAGUCUCGACAUUCGCGGUGCAAAAGCUUUCCAGGUAUGGUUUUCACACUGAGCAUUGUCAAGCAGUCCUGAGAAUUUGUGAUGGUGAUGUGGGGGCAUCACUAGAACAUCUCCUCACCCAGUGUUUUUCAGAGACAUUUGGAGAGAGGAUGAAAAUCUCCGAGGCAGUUACUCAUAUAAGCUUGGAAGAGUGUGUGGAACAGCGACAAGAAGAAGCAUUUGCUCUAAAGUCAAUCUGUGGAGAAAAAUUUAUAGAAAGAAUUCAGAACAGAGUCUGGACCAUUGGAUUAGAACUGGAGUAUUUGACGAAUAAAUUCUGCAAAUCCAAGCAAAGGGAAAGUACCAAAAAUGUACAGCAGACUCCACUAGAUGUCUGUAAAUUUUACCUCAAAGGAAAUUGUAAAUUUGGAUCAAAAUGCAAAUUCAAACAUGAAGUGCCCCCAAAUCAAAUUGUGGGAAGAGCAGAAAGAAAUGUAGAUGAUUCUCAUCUUUAUGCCAAUGAAGAAGCAUCUUUUUUGUAUGAACUUGAAAUUCGAUUUUCUAAAGACCACAAGUACCCCUACCAAGCUCCCCUUGUGGCAUUUUAUUCCACCAAUGAGAAUCUACCUCUGGCCUGUCGUUUACAUAUUUCUGAGUUCCUUUAUAGCAAGGCCUUGACAUUUGCAGAAACUUCUGAACCGGUUGUAUAUUCUUUGAUAACCCUUUUAGAGGAAGAAUCAGAAAUAGUCAAGUUACUAACAAACACCCCUCACAAAUACAGUGUCCCUCCUGUGAACUUUUUGCCGGUAUCCUCUGGGACCAGAAUAAGCAACCCACCCUGCCGCAAACCAGUGAUUCCAAGUCAUUAUUAUUUGUCAAAUCAAACUCCAGAAGUUGAAAAGGAGUCAGAACCUGAGGAGGAGACAGAUGAAGAUGAAGGCCCUGCACCAGUUAUAGUGGAGAAUGAAAGCUAUGUGAAUCUUAAGAAAAAGAUUUCUAAAAGAUAUGACUGGCAGGCAAAAUCAGUACAUGCUGAAAAUACCAAAAUUUGCAAGCAGUUCCGAAUAAAACAGGCUUCCAGACAAUUCCAGUCAAUUCUGCAAGAAAGACAGUCUCUUCCUGCUUGGGAAGAAAGAGACACCAUUCUUAAAUUGUUGAGCAAGCACCAAGUGCUUGUUGUAAGUGGUAUGACAGGAUGUGGGAAAACCACACAGAUUCCUCAGUUUAUUCUGGAUGACUCUCUGAAUGGACCACCUGAGAAAGUAGCUAACAUUAUCUGUACCCAACCCCGACGAAUUUCUGCAAUCUCUGUGGCGGAACGUGUUGCUAAGGAGAGAGCAGAAAGAGUGGGUCUGACUGUGGGAUACCAGAUCCGGUUAGAAAGUGUCAAGUCCUCAGCCACCAGACUCUUAUACUGCACCACAGGAGUGCUGCUGCGGAGGCUGGAAGGAGACACAGCUCUGCAGGGAGUCACCCACAUCAUUAUUGAUGAAGUUCAUGAGAGGACAGAGGAGAGUGACUUCUUGCUUCUGGUUUUGAAGGACAUUGUGAUACAGAAGCCAACUCUUCAAGUUAUUCUAAUGAGUGCAACUUUAAAUGCUGAGCUCUUUUCAGAAUAUUUCAAUUCCUGCCCAAUUAUUACUAUACCAGGUCGUACAUUUCCUGUUGAUCAGUUUUUUCUGGAAGAUGCAAUUGCUGUGACAAGAUACGUGCUACAGGAUGGGAGCCCGUACAUGCGCUCCAUAAAACAGAUGGCAAAGGAAAAGCUUAAAGCAAGGCGCAGCCGAACGGCCUUUGAAGAAGUGGAGGAGGACCUGCGGCUCUCCCUUCACCUCCAGGACCAGGAUUCUGCCAAGGAUGCAGUGCCAGAUCAACAGUUAGAUUUUAAGCAGCUCCUGGCCCGCUAUAAAGGGGUUAGCAAGUCAGUCAUCAAAACAAUGUCUGUCAUGGAUUUUGAGAAGGUUAAUCUUGAAUUAAUAGAGGCCUUAUUGGAGUGGAUUGUGGAUGGAAAACACUCCUACCCUCCAGGUGCUAUACUUGUAUUUUUACCAGGACUUGCAGAAAUCAAAAUGCUUUAUGAACAACUUCAGUCUAAUUCUCUUUUCAACAACAGACGCAGUAAUAGGUGUGUCGUUCACCCACUUCAUUCGUCUUUAUCCAGUGAAGAGCAGCAGGCAGUGUUUGUAAAACCUCCUGUAGGUGUAACCAAGAUUAUAAUUUCCACCAACAUUGCUGAGACAUCAAUAACCAUUGAUGAUGUUGUCUAUGUCAUCGAUUCUGGAAAAAUGAAAGAAAAAAGAUAUGAUGCCAGCAAAGGGAUGGAAAGUCUAGAGGAUACUUUUGUGUCUCAAGCCAAUGCUUUGCAAAGAAAAGGUCGAGCAGGCCGUGUUGCAUCUGGGGUCUGUUUCCAUUUGUUCACUAGUCAUCACUUCAAUCACCAGCUUUUAAAACAGCAGCUACCAGAAAUACAAAGAGUGCCACUGGAACAGCUGUGCCUAAGAAUUAAAAUAUUAGAGAUGUUUAAUACUCAUAAUCUGCAGUCUGUGUUCUCUCGGCUUAUUGAACCUCCACACUCUGAUUCUCUCCGUGCCUCAAAAAUACGAUUACGAGACUUGGGAGCAUUAACUUCAGAUGAAAAGCUGACCCCUCUCGGGUAUCACUUGGCCUCUCUGCCCGUGGACGUGAGAAUUGGCAAACUGAUGCUGUUUGGAUCUAUCUUCCGCUGUCUGGACCCUGCUCUCACUAUUGCUGCCAGUUUGGCCUUCAAGUCUCCUUUUGUAUCUCCCUGGGAUAAAAAAGAGGAAGCUAAUCAGAAAAAGCUAGAAUUUGCAUUUGCAAACAGUGAUUAUCUGGCCCUCCUACGCGCUUAUAAGGGAUGGCAGCUGAGUACAAAAGAAGGUAUGCGUGCAAGUUAUAAUUACUGUAGACAGAACUUCUUAUCGGGAAGAGUUCUUCAGGAAAUGGCCAGCCUUAAACGACAAUUCACUGAACUGUUAUCCGACAUAGGGUUUGUAAAAGAGGGACUCAGAGCAAGGGAAAUUGAGAAAAGGGCCCAAGGAGGAGACGGUAUCUUGGAUGCCACAGGAGAGGAGGCAAACUCAAAUGCUGAGAACCCCAAGCUGAUAUCAGCGAUGCUGUGUGCUGCUCUGUAUCCAAAUGUAGUACAGGUGAAAAGCCCAGAGGGAAAAUUUCAGAAGACCAGUACUGGAGCUGUCAGAAUGCAGCCAAAAUCAGACGAAUUGAAGUUUGUCACCAAGAACGACGGAUACGUGCACAUUCAUCCUUCAUCGGUGAACUAUCAGGUCAGACACUAUGACAGUCCCUACCUGGUGUACCACGAGAAGAUCAAAACGAGUCGCGUGUUCAUCCGAGACUGCAGCAUGGUGUCUGUGUACCCGCUGGUCUUGUUCGGUGGGGGCCAAGUGAAUGUGCAGCUGCAAAGGGGAGAGUUUGUCGUCUCCUUGGAUGAUGGUUGGAUCCGUUUUGCAGCCGCUUCCCAUCAGGUGGCUGAACUAGUGAAGGAACUUCGCUGCGAACUUGACCAGCUGCUCCAGGACAAGAUCAAAAACCCGAGCAUAGAUCUGUGUACCUGUCCUCGGGGAUCCCGGAUCAUCAGUACAAUUGUGAAACUUGUCACCACGCAGUAAAGAGCAGUGUCAGGAGAGACCUAUUGCUUGCCUGCUUCUUGCUGACCUGGAGAUCGCAGCAGGACCCUACCUCCGGCUGUGGCUGGCUCUGCCGAGUCAGCAGAGGCACCUCGUACCUUUAGGGAAAUUUCUAGACUAAGUAUUCCCAACAAAGAGGCCCCACCUAGCACAACUUGGAAUGUCAGUGUAUGAGACCUUCUGAAAACCAGCUUGCCUGUAUUUUUCUGCAACUAUCCUGGAAGGCAUGAAAUUCACCUGAUAACAUAAAAGUGAGUGUUUAUUAUAAUUCUGUUUCAAUCUAUGUGUUCCUUUUCUUCUGCUUCUUACUAGAAUGAAAAAAGAACAUGAGGGGAAAGGCCAAUUUGGUUUUCAGUCCUAAAGGCUCAACUCAGAGUCAGAACAAAGAAGGGGGAAAAAUGGAAUCAAAACAAAUCAUGUGAGGAAAAAAAAAAUUACCAUUUUAGGCUGUUGAUUACUGGAUAAACUUUAUUUAUGAGGGAUUUUUAUUUUACCUAAUUAAAGGUCAGCCUAAAUAACCAAAUUUAAUGGGCUCUUAUUUGGUACUAAAACAUGAACCAGCCUUAUCAACAACAUUCUUAUUCUUAAAAGCAGAUCAUGUGUCUGCUGGGUGCCUUCAUUCUCCUUUGGUUUUCCAUUUAGGAAUCUUUAUCUCACCCAGACCUAAUGACCACAUUUCACAGUGCCUGGAGAGGAAUUUAAAUGGUAUUCUGAGCAUGGGUUGGCACAGUUGAGAUAGAAAAGGUCUGGCUAGUGCCAGAUUUACAAGCAUAAAAAAACCUACCAUGAGGCUGCUUACUGCCCACCACUACUUAGAUUAUGGGGCGCAAGCAUUUUGAAAAAAAUGUGAACACACUUGUGUCCCCCUGAACAUUUAUCGGUGUGCUCAGGAAGACCCCCAAAGAACAUGUGUUCACCUUGCCCUCAGGUGGUCACUCCAGGUUUCAUACUCUAGGUAGAAUUCAGACUGAUCAGAGUCACCUCAAAAGGGUGUUUUCUUGAUAUUAUUUUAGUUAACACUUUCAGGAAACCUAGACAGACCAAAAUUAUCACUAUCAAAUGUGUUUAAGCUUCAAUGCACUUGCAUCACUUAGAGUAAGCAGUAUUGUUAAAAGGUGUUAGUUCAUGUCAUCACUUUAAAUGAAAACUCACGUAUGCAUAGAGCCACAGUACCUGAGUUCCACCUUGAUAAUGAAACCACACUGAUCGUUACAGAAUUAGGCUAGGACCUUAUGAAGAAAUGGAGAGAACUGCACUAGUCCCCUUAAAAUGCUUUUAAAAGCAGUGUUGAUUCUUGGUGCUGUAGAGAAGCUCUUGACGCUCUGGCUCCAGCCAUCUGUGCAAGGGGCCUGUGGUUUUGCACGUGAGCUUGCUGCAGAAAAUAUGCAGGGAAGCAUUAAUGAGGAAAGUUUUCACCCAAGUGCUGAGAAAUUGCUCCCUCAGGCAAGCCAUUGUGGGCACUUGCAAAUGCACAAAUCCUGUCGUUUUAUAGAUGUGGCCAAAUGUGAAAAAAAGGUGGGAAACCUUGACUGAAGGCACUUAGAAAGAAUCCUCACACAAAUAACUAAACUUCUUAGAGUCACCAUUAGAAUUAUGGAAUGGAAAUUAAAUAGAAUUACCCCUUUGCAAUUAAAGAUCAGAAUGCAAUAUAAUAUUUCAAGGUGAAACUAAAUUUCUAACUCCCAACAAGGUCAUCAGCAUUUAAUAUUCAUUUUGUGAUGAACUCUGUAUAUGGUUUCUUAAAUAUUUCACUUUUACUGGAAUCUAGCUAGACAAUACUAAUAAACUACUUGCUACAAAAUUAGUUUUCACUACUGUUUUGUUACUAUGUAAAUGGGAAAUAAUCAGAAAAUGAAAACAAAUAGCUGGACAUUUGCAUAGGUGGCCAAGGCACUGGUAUUGUCUUCUUGAGUUCCAGAUCUGAAUAUUACAACUGAAGCUCCCUGAGAGGUAAUGAAUUUUGGUCUUUAUCUCGCAUUCUAUUAUCUGAACAGUUUAAACCACAUGUUGAGGCACACAGCCUCUGGAACUGGAGGCACAUGCUAAGUGUUCUCUUUGCUUUCUAGGCAGCGGUCUGAAUGUGUCCCAAGUGGUAAUGAUAAAAUAAGAUCUUGUGAAAAGUACUUUUAUUAUAAAGCUUAGUAUGAUUUUCAGAUGCAGCCCCAAGUGGCCACCACCCAGCUGGUCUUGUGCUCACUGUUGUACUCUCAGUUGGGCUGAGAGCGGGUGAGCACAGGCUUCACACUCUGAGGGUAUCUUGUGAGUUGCCACCCAAAUAAUGGACCCCUGAGGACAGCGGAAUAUGCUCCCAUUGCCAUUACUGUUUGCAGAUGUCUAAAUAGUGGCUGGCUCUUACCUCCCAAAUCACACUGAAAUUAAGCAUAAUACCUAGGGCUUCUAGUCUUGCAAAUGCAGAGGAAAACUCAAAAUAUUUAGCCAGUUAAGAUCUGCAAAGUGAGCCUUUGUUUUCAGAAGUGAGACCUGGGUGAUGAAUCUGUCUGUCCAUAUUUGAGGACUCCCAGGGCAAAGCGCCUCGGGUAAAAGCAUACAAACAAACAGCUAGUGUAUUUUGUCACAGCAUGUUUGACUGUUGUAGAACAGGCUUCUCCCAGGUCUUACAGCCUCUCCAAUUAGGACUGUGCAAUGAAUAUGUCAACAGUAGACUGCAAGGUCACGUGUCCUCCUGGCAUCUAGUGGUUAGAAGCCAGGGGUGUCCACAGUGUCCGACAAUGCAGCCCAUCACCCCGAGUGCCAAAGUGGCGAAAACUGUUUAAAGAAAAGGAGAGGUGCCCACUCAUAAAGUCUAGUUACACGUAUGCUCAUAGUUGACUCAGAAAACAUAUAUAUAUUUGGACUAAUGAAAGUGACAUCUCUGCCAAAGCAACUCUAAUAUAAACACACUGUGUGAGUAAGAAUUUAUGAUAACAAAAUUAUAUAUACAAAUGGGGAAGGCCAGGCACAGAUUGGCAGGGGUACUCUAAAACAUUUUUCAAAAAUGUUUAAAAUUUUUGUUUUAAAAAUCACUCAUUUUGAAAAUGUGAAAGGUUAACCAAUGCUUUUUGAAGCUAUGACUUGUGAUACUAAGACCACUAAUACUUACCACUGAAAACUCAAGGUCUCACUCUUAAACAUUAAGAUGUUUAAAAUCACCAAACAUACACUUAACCGUAUGUUUGUGUUAUCAAAACAAAGUUCAACCUCACAGACUUUGGUCAGACUAUACUAAAACAUAAUUAAGAUUUAAAUUUCAAAAAGAGGAAUGAAAGUCAAUAGCUCUACAGGUAUAGAACUGUAGGACACUUCAGAGAAGCCUAAUUAGGAAUAGCCUAAUAGUCUCUAGGCUCAGUAAAACUUCCCCUAAUAAGUAUAAUGGACCAGGCGAGAAAAAUAAUAAUGAACAGCCAUAUACCAGA